AGUGGUCAUUCCGACUUUGGUACUAACCUGUAUAUUUUUUCUUCUCCGUCUCGCGCUCUAUUUCUCCUACACACUUUCUCUGACUUAUCCACUACAGCCAAUCAGAGUGAAGAGUAAACACUCCCCAUCCUCAGCAUCCUAAGGCAAGUGUGUUACCAUGGAAACCAGAAGCAGGAUGGUGCACAGAACGCAGAGGAGCUAACGAAUCGAAGGGGGAAGUGUUUCAAGAUUUGGAAUCCCCAGCUCCCGAAGAUGCGGUGUUCUUCACAGUAGCUGGACAGCAUCUGCAGGAACUUUCUCGAGUAUCUCGAGGAGGGGUCGGUCUGGCAUUUACAUUUUGGACGCCUGAUAUCUAGUUUACCGAGAGGAAAAGGGAAUAUUAAUGUAUUUAACAAUUAUACUGUAGCUGUUUUCUGGGCUGAAGCAAUCGGGAACCAGUUGCAUCGUGUCCUAAGUCGACCUCAGAGUCUGAAGAUACACUGUGGACUUGCUUUCGCCGUCACUGGGUGCCCAGCAGGCACAGAGCGGGUUGUUGGUACCACUCUAUGUAGUCCCUGCAAAGGGCAUAUUUGACAGGGUUGAUUUGUUUUUUCACAAUAACCAGCUGCAUGCAGCAGGCCGGGUGGCUGGAGAGAAACAAACUCAAAAGGCGGAGCAGUGCGAUGAAUCAGAUCCUUUCUCGGUUUUCCAAACCGACCGAGGAUGGACCCGAGAACCAGUGGCGCAGCGUCAGCAAGGAAGAAGCGGAAGCUAUUGAGAGGGAACUGUUGGACGACUACAAGUUUGGCCAACAGCAGCUGAUUGAGAUUACAGGCCAUGCCUGCGCUAUGGCAGUGACAAAGGCCUUUCCAUUAACUUCUUUAACAAAGAAGCAGCCAACGGUGCUGGUAGUUUGUGGUCCAGAUAAGAAUGGAGCUGUAGGAAUGGUUUGUGCACGGCAUCUACGAAUUUUUGAAUAUGAACCAACCAUAUUUUAUCCAAAACGAUCCAUAAAUCCUCUUUAUCAGGACAUCACUACUCAGUGUGAAAAGAUGGAUAUUCCGUUCCUUUCUUAUCUCCCAACUGAGGUGCAGUUAAUCAAUGAUGCUUACAACAUUGUGGUGGAUGCUAUUCUAGGAUUUGGUAAUGAGCAAGGAGACCUGAAGGAGCCAUAUAUCACCAUCCUAACAACUCUGAAACAGAUUAAAAUCCCAAUUGUCAGUGUGGAUGUCCCAUCAGGAUGGGACGUGAAUGAUGGAAGUGCAGAUGGCAUAAAUCCUGAAGUGCUGGUAUCCUUAAUAGCACCCAAAAAGUGUUCUACACACUUUUCUGGAAGACACCAUUUUCUAGCUGGCAGGUUUCUACCUUAUGAUAUUCAAAAGAAAUAUGAGCUUAAUCCACCAGAAUAUCCUGGCACAGAGUGUGUAGUGCUGCUUUAAGGUGAAAAGGAUGUAUUUUAGAAGGAAACAGUUGGAUAUGCAUUUUGUAUCUCUGGAUAGCAACGUUUACUCUCUAUUACAUUAGGAAGGAAAUCGCAGGAUGUGUGUGAUGUAAGCCUUAGGUUGUCAACUGCACCAGUGUCGUAGUGGUAGCAACCCUUUGAAAGUUAAAAACAUUACGCCUGAAACUCCUUUUCAUCCCCUUUUUGAAGCACAAAAAAUAACCCAAACAGUUUUAUGUGGAUUGACUAUGACUGUUACUCUAUACUUACUGCCUGCGGCCUUUACCUCCAUGACAAGUGCGAAUUUUGUGGUGGUGAUGAUGUCUAACUCCUUCUAGGUGCUGUUCAGUACUUAAUCCAUGAGGCUGCUGCUUAUUCAUGUCUUAUUCCAUCUUUAAUUACUGUGACGCAGUCUUGACAGAGCAGUGGCCACUACCACAUACAAUUCUAUCACGGGAAUAACUACUCCAAGCCACUUUGAGCUACCAACCUUGGAAAACACGUUUAAUGAGAUGUAUCAACUGCCUACCAUGAAAAUCAGGAUGAGUAUCUCUGACACCUGCAAGCCUGCCAUUAAUAGUUAAGAUAAUUGUACUGCCAACACAGAAAUAAUAUUUAGCAGCAACCUGUGAACAUCAUCUGCCAACUAUACUUCCCACUGAAGGAAAAACUAAAACUCCCCGCCAUGGAUAAAGCAGUUAUAAUAGUCAGCAAAUACUGCCUAAUACACUGUAACUACCUGCUAUGUAUAAAGCAGUUGAAACACUCAGCAAAUACUGCCUAAUAUGCACGAUCCAGACAGCGAUACCAUGUACAUACUGCCAGACAGGUAUAAUUCGGGUAUUGGUACCAUGUAAAUACUGCCUGUGACAUCCUGUAAAUAUGACCUGCAAUGAACAGUACAAGUGGAUACUUCCUUAUUAUGAGUCACCUGGAUAGUAACAUGAGAGUCUGUAGCUAUUCCUGGACAAUCUGAACUAUGACACAAUCGUAGUUAUUUUGUACUAUGGAUGGUCUGACUAAUGAUGCCAUUUUAAUAAAACUGUCAGCUACAACUAAUACACACUCUGACAUCUGAGUAAUGACUGGUAUCUGCUAUGAAUUCUAGAAAAAUGUCACUGGAUAAUCACCCCAUCACAGUUUUAUCUGGGGAAUGUCACCUGCAAAGGGUAACCUUCAAUUUGGUAUUUAGCAGUGAUUAAUACCAAUCUUGAUGGAGGCAGCACCUGAUAAAAUAAUAACUAGCAUCCACCGACUGAAUGGCCUGCUAGUGCCCCCUUCUGUAGACAUUAUCACAAAAUGACUGUUGACUUGUUAUACAGUUACAUCCCUGCCUAGCCUCUUUUAACUGUAUGGAUAAUGUUACCCACAUCACUGUUUCAUGUUGCAGUGGUUUGGGGUACUCAGAUUGUUGUCCUUAUGAUUGAGAUCUAUCACACAUAUAAUUGAGAAAUAUAUUCCUUUCAAAUAAGUGCUUUGUUCUUUUUUGUUAUUCUCUAGAAAUGUUAAAAUACUGACCAUUUAAAACUCUUAUUGUGAGUUUAAAAAAAGCUGUAGUAAUUACAAACCUUGUAAUGAUAACUUUUACACCAUGCAAAUAUGAGUGUGUCUAGCAACUAAGAUUCAAUGUAUGAUGCAAGAUAUUUGUGCCUGGUCAUGUGAAGGUAGCAUUUUGUUCAAAGCAGUGCAGGGGUCCAGUUCCUAGUCCUGAAACGUUUUGAUAUCAGCUAUUGACUACUUGAUCAGAAAAAGUCCUCCAUCCAAGAAAGUUCAAAAAGAUAUAUAUAUAUAUAUAUUUUACAUUUCUUCAAAUGCCACUAUCUAAAUGGACUAUUUAAUUUCAAAGUAAUGAUUCAUUUGCAUUUUGGUCACUGCAGAGUUUUUUUCUCUUGAAUCCCAGUGAUCCUUCAAGUUCUAAUUCUGGCUUUGAAUGUUGGACUAUAUAUGCAUGUAGCAUUUAGUGCGUGUCCAGAAACUUUAUAACAAUGUGGUACCUUAUUCACUGCUGUUAUUAGAGUAUCUUUAUUUUUCAAACUUAGAUGAAGUGGUGGAUACAUCUGGUAGGAUACUGCUCUAUAUGAAAAUAUAGUAAAGGUGGCAUUUUAUUUUUUACAUAGUUUAUUAUGUAAAGAAAUUCAUUUUCAGUCUAUUCAGUCAUCUAUUUUUAGUGAUAAUUUAUUUACAUCACAAUAGUGGUGAAAACAGCUGAUGCUUUUUCAUUUUAUUAGCCCCUCUUAUUUGCUCACAUACAUUAAUCAUCUCUUUCGCAACUGGUUUUGCUGUCAUUUCAGGUUUGAAAUGAUCAAAGACUCACCCCUUAGGGAUGCAGAGACGCAGCCUUACAUCAAUAUUUUGCAUAAUUUUAGGCACAUUGUCUUAUCAAAGGAUAAUGAAAUACAGUGCACUUUUAUGAUACUUUUCACUGUAGGCAUGCGGAAAAUGAACAUAAACUUUAUCUGACAGAUUCGACAGAAGGCAAGGAUGAACUUUUUCAGUCUUAAAUUAAAAAGAAAGGCCCUUUAUUCAUUGCAGCUUAAAAUAAAUAAACGGGAGGAGGAAGAAAUACAACAACAAGCCAAACGUUGAGUUGCAACCAGCAAAAGAAUAAAACUUUGAUUGUCAUUAUGCAAUUCUGAUGAAUGGCAGGAAACAAGCAAGAAAUUCUCAGUCCAUAUCUAGGGAUUUUUGUGCCCUCUAAGACUUCUCACCUCUCUGUUUUCCCAUCAAAUUAUUUAUUUGUCUAUUACUUAUUUGCAUUUGUUUACCAGGAAAGUCUAAAUUGGCCAAAAGUCCCUUUUCAGCCGAGGCCUGGGGAGCAUCAGAAAUAAAGCAUUAUGUUAGUUAUCUGGCAAGCAAUACUGUCUCUGUCACUGUGACUUCUGCAUUCAAAAAAAAAAGUUUUACUCUAAUCAUACAAAAUGCUACUGUUUAUUUUUGUUUUGCAUUUGUUGCACAUUACCUCAGCCCAAUGUAUUUAGCUAUGUUCUUUUAAAAUUACCCUUUUGUUUCUCACUGUUUUUUAUAGCUACAGAAGGACAACAUCUAUCUUUGGCACAAUACUAUAUAGUCUUUAUUUAGAUUAUUUUAUGCUUGCCUUCUGAUUGGUGACAUUCCUAAAGAUGUGCCCCCCCCCAAAAAAAAAAUAUAAUAAAUAUUUUAGCUUUAUCUGCUUAUCCAGCCUUGAAUUCCUGGGCUAACGUUAUGUGGAUACCUGCAGAAUCAAACUCCACAGCAGAGGCCUCAAAACUUGUUAUGAAAUGUAGUUUUAUGCAAGUUACAGGUUUACAAAAAAGACAGAAAGAGAGAGAGAGAGAGAGAUAACAGGUGUUGGCAUUCAUGACAGGAUUCUUAAUGUUCUUAUAGGGUGCAGUGUUUCAGGUCGGGGGGUGAAUGCAAACAGCUGCAUUCUAUUUCCAUGUUUUUCAAACAAGAAUAUCACCCCUGUGUAUGCUACUACCUUGGUCCCUUAUGCAGUGCUUUCUUAGAUUUUAAUAUGGCAGAAUCUCUUGCCUUCCCACUUUUAAUAUAGUAUAUAAUGCUGUAGCUUUGCAGAUCAAAUACUUAUUUACUUAAUAAAUAUCUGUCACUGUAAAGAUUUUAUUCUGGAGUACUAUUUCCCAAAUAGCUAUUUCAUUUCAGGUGACAGACUUGGGCGGGGUUCACGUGUUUGCACAAAUUCACUUUCACUACCUUCCCAUGCAAGGAACAUGUUGCACUGAUUACUUGUUAAAUAUCUGAAAAGCCCCUCUUUUGAAAUAAGAAUUAAGGAGAAGGUGUGUUGUCUAAACCUGUGAUGUUUCUUACAUUUCUCAUUUCUUGAGUGAAAUUGUGAGAUUAAAAUGUAGGUCGAUAAUGUACAUUUCAAGUUAGGUUUCUAAAUGUUUCUUAAAAGUAAUCUAAAUCAGAUCUAAGGAUAGUUAGAGGCCUGUUUUAGUCUCAUACAAAUUCAUUGUAUCCUGCUAAGUUCUAACAUCUGAGAAGAAAUAAAAUGUUGAUUGGUGUUCUAGUGGUUCAAAAUGCAAUGCCGGUAUUAGCAUGUAAUUAGCAUAUAGUCAUAUACAAAUCUGUGCACUUCAAUAGAUUUGCAAAACAGUUCAAAAUCUAAAGAUUUUAGUUUACUUUUAAAGAUUUUAGACAGAAGCAGAAGCUGUUCAGCCAUUCAUAGAUUGCAGUAUUUAGUUUAGUUUUUUAUUUAUUUUAUGAUGAUGUAAUAUUUUAUAUAUCAGAUAAUUAAUAAAACAUAUGAUAUAUGUGUUUUAGCACUCUUCUCUCAGGUCACUGCGAUAAUCAUGCGCUAAUUGGGUUCUCAAUGUUUAUCUCUGGAUAUGGACUUCUUACCUGAAAGACCGAAAGCAGCCCUUUUGAAGAGUGCCUUAACACCUUGGCACCUGUAUUUACAUUUUAUAUAAAAUAUGAAAUGUUGCCUAGCAGCCUAUCUAAAUUAUAAAUGUCGUCCAAGAUUUAAAAGUCCAGGCUCAAUGAGUUAGUCCUGAUUUGUGAUUCCAGUGACAUAAUGUUUAUUUGUAACCUGUGAUGCAGUAAAAAGUUCCCAUCAGUAUGUAGGACCAGUGUAUGUUUAUCUAUCACUUCUUAUACCACGAUUACCCUUUUUAUUCUGUGAUCUAUAAAUCUGUAAACUGCUGUAGUGUGUGCGCUUGUGUAUAAAACUGAUGAAGUGAAGGUUACUGCCUGUAGAAAGAGGCCUAUAAUUCUAUUAAAGACAUGAUGCUUCUUG